AUGAAUGCCAUGUUUCUGUCGAUUUUUUUGAUCGGAUUGGUUUUUGCGGAAAGUGAACUUCUAUCAGUUCAUGCGGUAUGUUUUGAUGAAGUUUGGAUUCUGAACAAAAAUCACACAGGAAGAAUUAUUUUCAGGUUUUCCGACAUGGUGCGCGUGCUCCAAUCGAAGAUUUUACAUCAGAAGAAGCUAAACAUCAUUUUUAUCGAGGCUUGGGUCAAUUAACAGAUGUGAGUAGUUAAUUUGAUAAAUUCCGAAAAGUUGGAUGAUAAAUAUUUUAGGAAGGUGUGGAACAUGGUAGAAUUGUUGGAAGAAUUUUGCGUGAUCGAUAUGUGAACACAUCAUUUUUGGAUAAACGAAUGCUCACAAAUGAGGUAAAUUCAAAAUCAGACUACAAACUUGAGAGGUGUCUAUAAAAAAGUGGUUCAAUAAAAAAUUUUACUCAUUGCGCUGACCUUCUCAUAUGUUUUCGAAAUAUUUUCACGUGAUCUAUGUACAUCUCAUUUUCAAGUACAACUUAAUUACAAAUCUGGUUUUUUUUUACUAUUUUCCGACUGUAGAUGUCUAUAGAUCAAAGAUUGACUUUUUCAUGAUUGAUAACAAUGAGAAGUUGUGAGAAUUUUUUUCAAAGAAAAAAAACGAGAAUAGAAAGAAGUAACAAUAGGUUCAAUAUGUUUCAAGUUUUUCUCAAUGAUAAGUAACAUCAGAAUCAUAUUUUUCAGACUUUGAAAUAUGUUUCAAUGAUAGUAGGUCAUAUGAAAAAACACACGUGAUACUGUAGAUCACGAGGAGAGGGUCAAUUGUUUUUUGAAAAAUGGUAAGGUGAAAUAUGAUAUGAAUGAUAAGUUUUGAAAACUUGGAUCACAAAAACAAAAAUCGUAUUUUAGAGGGAUUGAGAAAACUUUUUCACAUGGAAGGUUUGGAGAAUUUGGAAUUAAGUUACUGAAAAAUAAGUUUAAAAAUAAUUAGACAUCAACCAGUUAAUUGGUUUUCUAGGCUCAUCCUUAAUUAAAUUCUAAUCUUUCAGAUCUACCUCCGAAGUAGUGGAAGUGAAAGAUGUUUAAUGACAAUGAAUGCGGCUAUUGAUGUGAUGUUUCCAAAUGCAAUUCCUCCAGUUCAAACAAUUGCUAGAGAUGAUGAUUUCCUCCUUAUUCCAAAAUACAAUUGUCCAGUUAUGUUAAAAGGUUACAAGGAAAUUUUCAAUCUCACAGAAAAGGAGUUCAAUAGAGCAAAGAAGAAUAUUGUGAGUUUUUCAUUAGGCAUUAUUCGUACAUUCCGAUACGAAUGAUAGAUUUUUACAGUGGGAAGUGAGUGAUCGAGCAAUUGAAAGAGCAGCAGAAAAUACAACAUAUUUGAAAGAUAAAGAUCUCAGCUUGAUUUCUUCUCUUAUUUUAGAGGUUUGUUAAUUUAAUCAAGAUUGUUUGCAACAGAAGUAUUAUGAUUUUCUAGAAAGACGCUGGACUUGCUGUUCCAUCUUGGUUUGAUGAUAAGGCAUACAAAGAAGCAGAAUUUUUGUUCUUCAGUGUAAGAAAACCAAAAUUUCAGUUUUUUUUAAAAAUAUUGCUGUAAAUUUCAGGCGAUAGCGGUUAUGUCAGGAACUGGUCCGUAUUAUAAUCCAGAAUGGAUUCGGCCAAAAUCCGGGCUAUUACUUCACACAAUUUUUGAGAAUAUCAAAAAUCGUAUCAAUUGUAUUUCCAGUGGUGAAUGUGAUCCUCCAAUGAAGAAAUUUGUAGCAUACGCCACGGUAUCUUUAUUUUUUUCACAUAUUUUGAAAAAUAAAAUGAAAUUUUUCAGCACGAUAUAAUGAUUAUGGCCUUGCUGGAAUCUUUGGGAAUUAGAGAAGCUGCUUUAGGAAUUGAUAGCUCGCCUGAAUUUUGUUCAUUGAUCAUUUUUGAGCUUUGGAUGAUUGAUGGAGCACCACAAGUCAAGGUAUUAGAGGAAAAAAAAACUUUUUUUGAGUUUGAAAAAUGAGUUUUCAGAUCCUAUACCGUAGAAAACCAGAAGAAACGACGUUGAUAAAUCUAUCAGGAAAUGUAAGAAAUUGUCAAGAAAAUGCGGAAUAUUGUGCGCCUGAGAAAUUCACAACUUGCUGUAAUCAAUUCAUCACAUCAAACCCAAGAGAAGUCUGCUAUGGAGCUCCAAAUCCAUGGAAAAUGAACUCAUUGGUCUGGCUUCUAAUUGGAAUAAUUGUUGUGCUUUCGCUUCUAAUCUUGAUCAUUUCUUUGAUUUCAAUCCGAUUCAAAAAACAAUGCAAAGUUGAGCUCAAACAUUAA